UCCUUCUUUAAUCAUCAUCUCAGCUCUCAACAGAGAAAUAUUGAGAAACAGAGUUCAUAAAAUUAAAUGGGUAAUUUCUUCUCCCGCCUCUUAGGCAACACGGGCGGGGCUGACCGCACCGAGACAGCCAACAACGGCGCCGACUCCUCCACCAUCGUCGGCAUCCACUCCACGGCUGAGUGGUCCGAGAACUGGCAGUCACACAUCCAAUCCAACAAGCUCAUGGUGAUCGACUUCUUUGCGUUGUGGUGUGGACCGUGCCGAGUAAUCGAGCCAGAGUUCAAGGUGAUGUCCACCCAAUUCCCGGGCGCAGUCUUCCUCAAGAUCGACGUCGACGAGCUUCCGACGGUGACGCAGGAAUGGAAAGUGGAGGCGAUGCCAACGUUUGUGCUGGUGAAGAGAGGGCGAGAGGUGGACAGGGUGGUGGGUGCCAACAAGGAAGAACUCAAGAAGAAGAUCCAGCUCCAUCUCAGAAAGUGAACUUACUUGGUUAAUUACCUUGUUCGAGAGUUCGUAUGGAAGUCUUAACUCAUGUUACGUGAAUCGAAAGAGAGAUUAAUGGUGUGAGUUUAUGCAUGAUAUUUCUAAUCUAAGACAACGAAUGGUUCCCCCAA